UGAAAGAGGAAGACGCUUCUCUUUGGCCACAACAACAUGGUGUCACCCUGUAGGCAAUGUGAACGUAAACAAGCGACUCACCUCCUCAACGACAACUAGUCCCAUCAUCUGAAAUACAGCAGCUGUUGUUGUCGGGGCUCGAUGGCUCUCAGAGUGUGUAGUCGGCUGUUCAGAGACUCCGCCGUCUUCUCCAGACGAGUCGUCGCGUCUGCUUCACAGGAACCUGCGUCAUGGCUCCUCAUUGCAGGAAAUGCUGCGUGCAGCCGAGGAGGGAGGAACACAUUUAUCUUCACUCCCGCCUGUUUUAUUACAUCAGAGGCAUUUCUGAACAGACUGACGAAAGGCAAACCAACAGAGGCAGACGGUAGCUUUGAUCGCUUUCCAGCCUCAGUUCUGCCAGACAGCGCUGACCAACUAUCUUUGUUACUGAGACAUCCAGAUCAGCCCGACAACUCAAAGGUUUUGAAAGUGGCCAUCAUAGGCGCUCCGAACGCAGGGAAGUCCACGUUAUCCAACCAGCUGCUUGGCAAAAAGGUGUUUGCUGUGUCCAAGAAAGUACACACUACACGGUCACGUGCCCUGGGUGUCCUAACAGAGAACGAUACACAGAUAAUUUUACUGGACACUCCUGGUCUCACCACUCCAUCAAAAGUCAAAAGACACCAGCUGGAGAAGUCUUUGCUCAUGGAUCCCUGGAUAACCGUGAAAGAAGCCGACCUACUGGUAGUCAUGGUGGAUGUGGCGGACAAAUGGGUGUGUCACCGGCUUGACUUCGAGGUGCUCAAAUGCCUGGCCCAGCACCCAGACAUCCCAGCAAUCCUAGUCCUCAAUAAGGUGGACCUGGUGAAAGCCAAAGACAGGCUGCUGGAUAUCACAGCAGAGUUGACUUGUGGAAUGGUGAACGGACGCAAAAUGCGGAUCAGGCCGGUGAUCAAGCCUCCGUGGGCUGAAAAGAAGCCAGAAAGGGAUUCAGAGUCGUCGCUUGAGGAGGACAGCGCCGAGCCAAACUCUGUGCUGAGCAAAGAGCAGCUGAAGACGCUGAGGAGCCAGCAGGGCUGGGCUCACUUCAAGGAUGUCUUCAUGCUUUCCUCUGUGGACAGAGAAGACGUGGAGACCCUGAAGAGCUACUUUAUGGUUGCAGCCAAGUCAGGAUCGUGGCAGUACCACAGCGAGGUCCUGACCGACCAGAGUCCAGAGGAAGUCUGCACCAACAUCAUCAGAGAGAAGCUUCUGGAGUAUCUGCCACAGGAAGUACCCUAUUCAGUGACACAGUCUGUUGAACUCUGGCAAACUGCAGAAAAUGGCGAUAUCGAUAUCUCUGUGAAACUUUACGCCAAGAAAGAGACUCACAUGAAGAUGGUGAUCGGCACAGCUGGCCAGAUGGUAGCACGGAUCGCCCGAGAGGCGGGCGAGGACCUGAGUCAGAUCUUCCUAAGAGAAGUGAAGUUGAAGCUCUCCGUCAAGCUGAGGAAGUGAGGAGAACGAAGAGUUGGAACCAGAUCCUGCUGCAUUUGAGACAACUCUCCUUGUAUUUAUCUCUCUAACGGACGGACCUGAAGUGUUGAACAAUGAAUGAGAUGUCAUCAGGGAGCUGUGAGGUGAAAUAUAUCCACAGACCCAGACCUCCCACUGAGCUGGUACAUCUGGGGAGAAAUGAACUCUAAAUUUUACAUUAUCUGUCUUCAUGCAUCAGCAGCAUCCUUUCAUGUAGUCCCAUAAGACAUUAUUAAAGAUUUUUAUGUAAAGAUGUAACCUAUAAGAUGCUGUUAAUAUAGUGGUGCACAGCUGUGAGGGAUCCCCCAACUUCAUGCAGAAAUGAUCUAAAUAAAUACUGAAUAAUAAUGAAGAAAAUACGGUGAUUAAAAGCAGCUUCCACAAGCUGCAGAAUAGACUGUAAUGGGUUAUUGGCAUUUAUUUAGCCAUGAUAUAUUUUACGCAACAAACAUGACACAGACUCCCAUCAAAUGGAUGUUUUGACACAAGUUUGACAGUGCGUUCAUGGCUGAGCAGGUUUGGCAAGCUGUGAAAAAGGCUGAUGGUUUAUCUUUGGCUCUCAGAGCUUUUUACUUGGCGGGCGCCUCAUGCAAACAUGGACUGUAGAUAAACCGAAGUGGGACCUGCACAGUCAUGUUCACUCAAAUGUCCCUGAUGUACCAUCCACCCUUGUUCCCUCCACUCCCACAUCACUUUAGCCUCCUCCACUGCCUUUGAAGUGUGGCCAUCCAUUCCUGCGACUAUCACUUUUUGUUCCACUGCAAUCUUCCCUUUUCUCCCUCCUCCCUCCCCCCCCUUCGUCUUGCUUUUUUGGCUCUUAUAAAGCCCAGCUCUGCCCCUGAGGGCUGAAUUGUCUCCCUAAUGGAUGGCAAAAUGGAGCACUAACCUGAUGCUAAAAUGGGUCAGAUAAUGGUGAUUAGAUUCAUUCCUGCUGCCUGUGAGUUAACUCGACGGUUACUCUAUCCGGGGCAUCUUGAUGAAUAACCAGCUAGUAGCCUAAAGCGAGGGUGAGGAGAGAGAGAGAGGGAGGGAGGGAGAGGCCUUGAAUGUCUUACAGAAGCUGUGUCAGCCCCUGAAGCUCUCCCUGCUCUCUGCAACGCCUGCUUCCCAGUGAUUAGACAAGCCGGUUGCGCAGCAGAGAUCACCACUUAGACAAGCCAACUGCUGCUCGAAAAUAUUAUGGUUGAUGCGCGUCAGCCAGCACAUUAAAGUAAUCCUUCAAAAACAAGUAAAUUACAAUGCUGAUACCCUGCUUUAGAUGCAUUUUUAAAAAAAAAACAACCAAAUAACAACAUAUUCAUUUGUUUUGUUGGGAACCAUAAGCUUUAUUUCAUAUGCAUCCUCAAGUACAUCUCAAAAACAGGAUCAAAAGAUCAGUUUAGUGUGUCACAUUAAGCUCAUGAAUAAUACACCGACUUUUCCUUUCCUGCUGGUCCAGAUGAGAUUGAGCGAGGGCCGUAUAACCCUUACCAUUACUAAAACUCAGUAAUGGUAACGGUUUGACGGCCCUCCUCUGUAGCGUGCGCAGCCUGCAGUCCGUUAGGCCUGAGAGUGUGCUGAUAGUGCUGGAGGGAGUGAUGAAACCCUGGAUAGUACAUCAUCUAUACUGUAGUGUCUCUAUAAUAAACUUACAGUAUAAGAUGAUAUCCUGUCCAGGGCACAAGGCAUAACUGUAUAGCAGCGUGUUCCCACUUUGUUAUCUGCAAGACAAAGGUAGACGACUCAUUAGUGAUGCAUUCGGAGAAGGUCAACCAUGACGAUGAAAAUGUUAAUAACAUGGUAAAACUGCUCUUAAAUUAAUAUAAAAAAGGAAUGUAUUCUAAUGCCAGUUACAAGAAAAGUCCAUUUCUAAUAAAGUGUACUUUUCUUGAUGUGAUACUCACCUUUGUGCAUGCGGUGUCGUUUCCACUCUCCUUUAAAGGCAUCUUAUUCGGCUCCAUCGCACUUGUUCCUCACCACUUGUUCAUAUUUCAUGGCUGCUAUGCUUCCAUGUCUGGCUCACAAGCUCCCAACUGGUGUGCCUGUUUGGCCCCGGCACUUAAAGGCCCUCUGGCUCAUUAGCAUAUUGUGAUGACAUCUGGGGUGGACCAGACAGCAGGGGUUGAACUUUUUCUUAUCUUGUCCUAACCUGACUGUGUCUGUCCAGUGAUGGCCCACACCCUUAAUCCACCCAACUGGACUUUGCAGAAGAACUGCACAUGAAUCCCAUUUUUAUUUUUGCUGCAUCUACUGUGCACUAUAAAGUAUUUGGAUCAUCAUAGAAAAAAGCUCACCAAUUUGCCAUUUUCCUUGUUUUCUAAUUUCAUUUUGUACCAGAGUUGAUUUUUAAACCUGAAUCCGUUUAACUAACUUAAUAUUCUUCAUGUCCAAAGCCACUUUACAGAAUUUAUGUAGUUGAGUGUUGACCUUUCUUGGUCACACAAGUCUAAUUAAAAGAGGCCAGCAGAGACGAGCUGAUGACGUAAGCCCAAACAGGUUUUCUCUGUUGACUAUUAAAAAAGCUUUGAGCUUUUUAUCUCACACUGCUGUAAUAAAUCUAAUGUUCACCAUUGCUUAAGUCCCCUGAAUCUCAUAGCUCCUUGGAUUUAUGCAUGAUGGUUUCAUGGAUUGGGAUUUAAUACUAAAAUAUGUCAGCUGAUGUCAUGUUAUCUGACUUAUUAAACUUUCUUUUUUCAUGCGCUCAGCCAGAUUCCAGGA